CAGGCAUGUGUAACAAUUGAUAAUUGGAGCAGUAGGAAGCAGAUGUGUGUCAGAGGACCCAGACUACUGGCCACGAGGUGUUCUGUGUAACUGUCUAGCAAUACAGCAUUGUGUGACAGUCACACAGACACAUAGAAUGUGACGGCAGAUAAGAACCAUUUGGCCCAUCUAGUCUGUCCCUAUUUUACCAUAUUUUUACCUUAUUUGAUCCUUAUUUCUUUGUAAGGAUAUCCUUAUGUCUAUCCCAUGCAUGUUUACAUUGCUCUACUGUCUUAGCCUCUACCAUCUCUGAUGGGUGGCUAUUCCACUCAUAGGCAAACGCGGGCAACCGGAAACCCCCCUCCUCUUGACAUGUGGCUCAAAUUCUGACAACAAUGGCAACUGUAUAUAAUACGAUUAUUAGAGCUGCCGUCACAUCAUGCAGAGCUCUUGCACAUGCCCAGUGGUAGCAGCUUUUUCUACCAAGUUUGCUGUGUGUGUGGAUCUGAGCCCUCAGUCAGUGCACUGGAUAAGGAAGAAGAAACAGGAGCCUUACCAUAAGACCACUGAGCUGUGAGGAACCUGAGUGUUUACUAGAUGUCACUUGAGGAUGAGAUGCAUCACUGAUUCCCUGAUGGACAAGGACAGGAGUCACAUGUCUGAGAGGAUACUAAAUCUCACCCUGGAGAUCAUCUACCUGCUGACUGGGGAGGAAUACCCAGUAGCGAUUAAGACAUCUGGUGAGUGGGAGACACCCAGCAGCCGUCCCCUUGUGUCAGGAGGACUGAGCAGGACCCAAAGCCCCAUCACGGUGCCUCCACCUCACCCACUGAUACAUGAGAGGCACAAUGACCAGAAGAUCCUGGAACUCACCAAGAAGAUCAUUCAGCUGCUGACUGGAGAGGAGGAGGAGUAUAUAGAGGAACACAGGGGUCUGUACAAGGACGUGAUGAUGGAGGAUCACCGGCCCCUCACAUCACUGGAUGGGCCCAGUAACAGAGAUACCCCAGAGAGAUGUCCCCGUCCUCUGUAUUCCCUGGAUUGUACAGAGGAGAAUCAUGGGUUCCCACAAGAGGAUCAGGUUAUCCAGAGUGAAAAUCUAACAAAUAUAAAGGGUGAAGAUACAGAGGGAAAAGAAGAGACAUAUGUGACUGAUAUGAAGGCAGAAGAUACAGAGGGAGAAGAGACGUAUGUAACAGAUAUGAAGGCAGAAGAUAUAGAGGGAGAAGAAAAGCCGUAUGUGACUGAUAUGAAGGCAGAAGAUGUAGAGGGAGAAGAAGAGACGUAUGUGACCGAUACGAAGGCAAAAGGUAUAGAGGGAGAAGAAGAGACGUAUGUGACUGAUAUGAAGGUAGAAGAUAUAGAGGGAGAAGAAGAGACGUAUGUGACUGAUAUGAAGGCAGAAGAUACAGAGGGAGAAGAAGAGACGUAUGUGACUGAUAUGAAGGCAGAAGAUACAGAGGGAGAAGAAGAGACGUAUGUGACUGAUAUGAAGGCAGAAGAUACAGAGGGAGAAGAAGAGACGUAUGUGACUGAUAUGAAGGCAGAAGAUACAGAGGGAGAAGAAGAGACGUAUGUGACUGAUGUGAAGGCAGAAGAUAUAGAGGGAGAAGAAGAGAUCUAUGUGACUGAUGUGAAGGCAGAAGAUGUAGAGGGAGAAGAAGAGACGUAUGUGAGGGGUGAUCAGCAGUGUAAGGAGGAGGAGAUCCCUACAGAUAUCAGCACAGAUGGAUGUAACAGGAGAAAUAUAUUGACUGGAUGUCCCGUUGUAUCCAGAGAAUGUGAAAUAGAAGAUAAAGACAUCACAAAAGAUUAUUUGGAAGAAAACACUGUGAGCCAAAUUCUACAUCCAGUACCUCACAGGGCAGAUAUAUCAUCUGUUACCUCUAACCAGGAGGAAUAUUCUCCUGAUACAUCAGAUAUUGGUCCAUCCAUUACAGCUCAUAGGACGUUUCCCAGUUCUGUAGAUGCCAAGUGUUUUACACAGAGCAUAAGGCUUAUUACUCAUAAGCCAGCUAAGACACGCGAGAGGCCAUUUCCAUGUUCUGAGUGUGGGAAAUGUUUUACGCAGAAAUCACAUCUUGCUAAACAUCAUAGAAGUCACACAGGUGAGAGGCCAUUUCCAUGUUCUGAGUGUGGGAAAUGUUUUAAAUGCAAAUCAUAUCUUGUUAUACAUGAGAGAAUUCACACAGGUGAGAAACCAUUUCCAUGCUCUGAGUGUGGGAAAUGUUUCAGACAGAAAUCAGCUCUUGUUGUACAUGAGAAAAGUCACACAGGGGAGAAACCGUUUCCAUGUUCAAGGUGUGGGAAAUGUUUUACAAGUAAAACAUCUCUUGUCAAACAUCAGAGAAAUCACACAGGUGAGAGGCCAUUUAUAUGUUCUGAGUGUGGGAAAUGUUUUAAACAGAACUCUGAUCUUGUUCACCAUAACAGAAAUCACACUAUUUUGAAACCAUUUCCUUGCUCUGAGUGUGGGAAAGGUUUUAAAUGCAAAUCAGAUCUUGUUACACAUCAGAGAAUCCACACAGGUGAGAGGCCAUUUCCAUGCUCUGAAUGUGGGAAAUGUUUUACCCAAAAAUCAAGUCUUGUUGUACAUCAGAAAAGUCACAACAGGGAGAAGCGACUUCCAUGCUUUCAAUGUGGGAAAUGUCUUACAUGUAAAUCACACCUUGUUACACAUGAAAGAAUUCACACAGGAGAGAGAUGAUAUCUUGUUAAAUGACUCAGGCACUUUUAUCCAGGUCAUAUAUUGGAGAAUGUAGUGUUUUAUUUAAACAUUAAAUUUUAUUUUUUUAUUGAGUGAAUGGGAAGGAAAUGCCACUUGGCAGCGUGGGUAGUAGGGUUUGGAAUAGGAUCACCCAAAUGGCUGUAUUAGUAAUUUUAUGUGCUACGUUCUGAGACCUGAAAGACAUUUUUUGAGCAUAAACUUAUAUUUAUUGUUAGCCAUAUUUUUUAUAACUUAUAUUUGUUCUCUAAAGAAA